AAAACAACGACGGGGCUGCAGUUUUUGUUUCCGGGGCUGCAGUUUUUGGAUGUUUUGGUGGUGGUGGCGGUGGUGGUGGUGGUUGUUGUUGUUUGCUUCUUGGGCUGAUUUUCUGGAAGUAUAGUAGGAAGCUGGGUAGGGCAAUCUCUACGCUCCUGGAGGUGUCGAUGGGGACGUCGAUCGCAGAUUCGGCGUCGUGAUGGCUGUGGGCGGAGUGCCCGCAGGAGAGAUCCCUGCGAAUUGGCGCCAAGCCACCAACCAGGUCUUGCGCAUCGCGAUGCCCAACAUGGGCUCCUGCGCUCUGACCUUGCUCAAUGAGCAGACCAACGUCAUCAUGCUGGGCAAAAGUAGUACAUCAGCGUCCUUGGCAGCAGUGGGCCUGGGAAAUAUGAUGCAGAACUGUUUAGGUUUGAGCAUCGGCUGGGGGCUCUUGGCUGCCUUGGACUCUUUGGUGAGUCAAGCCUAUGGCGCAGGCAAUCAGGCAGUGGCGUGCGAGCAAUUCCAGCGGGGGCGUUUCAUUGCAACCUUGCAGCUGCUGUGGAUCAUCCCGGUUCUUUGCUAUUCAGCACCCUUGCUCUUGCGCUUGGGACAACAUGCAGAUGUGGCACAGCUAGCGGCAGCCUACAACCGCACCACAGCGCCAGCGCUCUUUUGCCUCUUUCAAUACCAGGCAUUGGCGAAGUUCUUGCAGAAUCAGUGUAUUGCCACUCCGCCCUUGGUGAUCAACAUCAUCUCCUCUCUUUUGCAUGUUGGCUGGUGUGCACUGUUCGUGCUCCAUUUCAAGCUGGGCAACUCUGGUGCUGGCUUCGCGAACGGUGUCACCUGGACCUGUCAGUGGCUUCUCAUCGCCUUGUACGUCACCCGCAUCGCGCCCAAGCUGGGGAUGAAGCGACGCGAUGUGUGGCUGCCAGGACAGGGGAGUUUUCGAAAAUGGGGAGCCUAUUUGAAAGUGGCCAUCCCCUGCGUUUUACAGAUGGGCAGCGAAUGGUGGUUCUGGGAGAUUUGUGCCUUGUUGGUGGGCUUCUUGGGAACAAUUCCUUUGGCUGCACAUGUGGCAGCCAAUCAGUUUAUUGGCCUCACCUUCAUGCCAGCCGUGGGCAUCUCCUCUGCUGCUGCCGCACUGGUGGGCAAAAUGCUGGGAGCCAACAGGCCUCAGGAGGCUAAGACCUUUGUGAAGGUGUCGCUGGUGGUGAAUCUUGUGGUUUGGUUGAUGAUCUCGACAACCAUGCUGCUAGGGCAGCACGCCAUCGCGGGCAUUUAUGUGAAGCCCGGGGAGGUGAAGCAGCUCAUUGAAGGUUUGCUGAUUAUUUUUGCCUUUGCGGGUCUGCCGGAUACCACGCAGCACAUCAUGUCAGGCGCUUUGCGCGGCAUGGGGAUGAUGACUUCCAGCUCGGCCUCAGGGCAGCAGGGCGGAGCGGCGGAGCGCGCCAGAGCACAACGUCGGAUGAAACUGCCGAGAAGUACUACCCAAUGUAGACUCUUGAUAUCCUUGAUUAAUAAACCCUCCCGUAUGAAGAGGUUGUCAGGCCUCUUCAGAGGUUUUUCAUGUGUUUCCAUGUCGGGAAGCACUGGAAUCACCAUCCCUGAUUCAUGAGAGUUCCUCCAAAGUAAACGGAGCAGAAUCAUGAGAGACGUGGUGCUGAGCGCUGGGCGCUGAGCGAGUUGCCAUGUCUUUCGCCGCGUGCCGUCGGGAAGGCGUCGGCCUGUCGCGCCAGAAAUCUUGGGGAGUUGGAUGUGUCGGAAGGCCUUUCUUACCCGAGUGAAUCAUGCGUCCCUUGGGUGGGCGCAACUGAGAGGCAGAGCAGGUUGUGGAACUGAGAUAUGUCACUUGGCCUAAAGAUCACCUGGAUGGGUGGAAUUUCUGAGGUAAGAAAUACAACACUGAAGCACUGGAGUCAUCCAUUCGCUCGCUUUAGAGGACAAGUCGACCAACAGAGGCAGAAUUGUUUUCGGUCAAAGGUGAGAGAAUCCGUCACCAGACUGUCCGAACCCCUGAAGAAAACCCCUGCAUACGCAGAAGAACCGGAUGGAUCAGGUGACUGUCCCUGACAUUCUUUGCACCAUGCGGGAUGAACAGUCCAUCACUGGACAGCUUGCUGCCACAAUUGCAACAGCAACAAGCUCAACUAUCAGAUAAUGACACUAUGACUGGGAACGUGCAAUACCCCUCAACCUGGUCUUGGCAAAACAGCACGAUGGGAUGUGGAUAGUUUUGGGUAAACGAACGUUCCCUUGGAAUAGCUCAACUUCGUGUGUUUUACUUGGAAAUGUUCGGUACUUUGGCUUGAACAAGGAGCUUCUCCCUCACCUGGGCUCAAUCCUUUCAAGAAACAGAGCUUGAUUUUGCAGCCGCUGACUCUGCUGGUGUAAAUAUGUGUGUCCUAUUGUUCUUUUCAAGUCAGCAACCAGGCCCCAUCAUCCCUGGUGUAUACCCAUCUUUUCCCCCAGAUAGAUGCUGGGACAGUCCUCAGAGGUCGUCUAUUUGCUGAGCUACUAUGGCCUCAUGCUCCCUGCCGGCUACUUCUUAGCCUUCCACUUCGGCUUGGGCGUCAAAGGCAUUUGGUAUGCCUCUGGCAUCGGCACAUCGGUGGCGGUCAUGGUCUUCAGCGUGAUCUUGGCCAAGGCUCGUUUCAAGCAUUUGGGACAGAAGAUCUCCUCCAAGCUCUGAGUGCAGCGCCACGUCGCGCUCCACUUCGCGCGGGUCGCGGGGCCCAGGUGAUUUCAACUGGUGAAGAAAGCCUGCGAC